UUGCGAGCGGGCGGAAUCCUCUUCAAAUCCUGCUAUCUGACUGGUUCCGAGAACGGGCGAUAUUUUACGAUCUUGCCCGCUAACCCGGGUGGAAUUGUUGCCAGCUUUAUUCACAAGUUUGUUCGUUGAUUGUGAAUGAGCAAAAACCGUAAUUUUCAAACCAUUUUUCUCUUAAAACUUGAGCUAUUAUUAGCAUUAGCUAGGGAAACGUGAAUUUUAUUAUUCGGGCAAAAAAUUUGAAGAGAGAAUCAAGCAAGUCAGCCUGGAAAACCGCUACAAUUGAAGCAAUACAGGGGACUGGUGAUGUCGCUUCACUAGCUUUAUAACCGCGUUGUAAGUACUGCAAUCUUGCUUUUAUGCACCGUUUAUUGGACAUUUUUGCUCUGUUUGUAGUUUUGUUUUCCAUUUUUGCUGUAUGAAUCAAGAUUCUGGUGUUUUUCAUUGAAUAUAGCUUCGGUAGUUCUCUACUUAUCAGAAAAGGUUGUUGUCAAUUAUUGCAUUUAACUUUCAAUCUUAAAUAAACGACACGAAUCACUUUUCCCGCACUUUUCCACUCGAUUGAACUAAUCUUAAAGCAAUUUUUGAAUGAUUCAGCCGCAGAAAAUCCUUGCUGUAUUUUUUCUUGGCGCUUUUAAUAUCAAGGUCGUCAAUUCUUUAUACUUGUUUGACACUCAGAUUAUGAAUUGUCUAACAAGACACAAAAACCUUCCGUUAUUCUAAAAGAGAGCAGUAAGUGCCAUAAUAUAAAUAGUCCAGCUUCGAAUUAAAAAUUACCGCUGAAUAUAAACAUUAACGACACAUUCAUACAGGGUUUAAUAGCCUCGACGUAAAGUAAAAUAUUUAGAAAUUCUGGCAAGUAAGUGUUUGAAAUUUGAAUACAGCUAUUUCGAGAAAGGUUGUCGGAAAAAAUGUCCACGCGACAAUCCCGACAGGUAAUAUGGGAUAUGAUCAAUACACUGUUGCUGACUUUGUGGCUGUCGAACCUACUUUUGUUGCUUUCCUUUAGCACUUGCAAACAUAUGUCCAUGGCCUCUCGUGUCAUUCUAUUCUGACUUUCUUUGAAGAACAGUGACCUAAAAAUCACCCACAAUAACUUUCGGGAUUGUCGCGUGCACUUUUUCCGACAACCUUUCUCGAAAUAGCUGUAUGCACAAUAGACAGAGUAAUAAACAUGUCUUUCUCUCUUUGGAAUUUGUGAAUAUAUUACUUCAGAUUGAGGCUAAGGCUGUGAAAAAUGCGUCUUCACUUCUUUAAUUCAGCGAUCAUAGCGAACUCGAAAAUGCGAGCUAAAAAUCAUGCUUUAAUGUUUUGUUUUGGUUUACAAUCGAUCGCGCGCUUCAUCAACACAAACGCGUCCUCCUUCAACAAACAUAGGUUGGAGAGUGAAGGAAAAUUUUCCUGAAACUUUUAAAUCUCAGAUUGAGUACCGCCGGUCUGAGUACCGCCGAGGCCGUAGGCCUCGGGCGGUACCCACGUCCUCGGGCAUAGUUUCUCCCAAUACGGACCGACCCAGGCCGGUGAAUAACAAAUAUGUUUCUCUUGUCUAUAAGGAUGUGAAGCCAAAGAAGUACAAAUUCUUUACUGUAUUUUGUUUGCGAAAAACCGGAAUUGUUAUACUUGAUAAUAAAAAAGAGUAGCAAAUGAAAGUUAGUCCAAGUUCCUUCAUAUCUCCUGUUGUUGCCUUUCGUGAGAUUUUCUAGUCGAUUUUUGCUCUUUAAGGUCUUCCUCUGUUUUGCCCUCUAUGUAUACCUGUCGAUUUUUCCAAAAAAAAAAAAACAUAAGUAUUAUUUGAGCUUUGGCUACCCAAGUGCAAAUCUCAAAAAGUCUAAACUAGUAAUCAAUAAUCCAGCUCUUAUUAUAAAUUACAUCUACUUCGAUGAACAACCAUAAUCUAUUAUUUGACAAUUCUUUACUAGUUGUACCCCCAGACCACUUUAUGACGACUGCAUGCUCAUGGAAGUUAAACACGAGUUAGACCUGAGCACAGACAGACAACAUCCGUGUCAUCCGUGUCAUGAUGUAUGAGGCUCCCAAUAGUUUCUCAGUGAGACUAAGCCAAGAUUAACUCUGCGGGUAACUCAAAAACAUUUUAGGCCUUAUAUCUCCACAAUGCUUUUAUGUAGCCUGCUUCAGUUGACUUAGCUCCCGGGACUUAAUUUCUGAAAAACAGCCGACAUCUCGCUCCGCCAACACAGGUUUCCACUCGAAAUGCAUGAAAUCUAACGAACGAGCGCAGAAAUUCCAUACUUAUGACUCGUCACUUCAAUUCCCAGAUCUGGGUAGUGCGUCUGAUUGGUUGAAGCAAAUGUUCCACAAAUCAGCAGCACUACUCUAAUCUGCGCAGUGACGCCUCAUCAAUAUUUCCGCGCUCGUUGUCACACGUUAUUUCGUGGGGAAGCCAGUGGUGCUGUCGUGAAAUGUCGGAGCCAACAUUGAGGUUAGAUUUGUUCUUGUCCGAUAUUAUAUGCGAUUAUCUUCACUCUGAUGAAGAAAUGAAUAAUUACUGGAAACGAGACAGACUGUGAUUGAGGUAUUUUAAAAAAAGCCCUCACUCAUUCCCAGUUCUACGCUAAUUUCUACUGACCUCUCUAAACAUUUUUGGGUAGGCGAACGUCACGUGUGUUUCAAUGAAAAUGGAGUCCGUACUUUGGUUGAAUUACGUGCUUUCCUAAUAGCCCACUUUAAAACACAGAAUAAAGGCUAAAUACUACAGUAGUAACUCGGCCUUUUUUGUCUGUUUGCUUUAUUUCCUCUUCUGAAAUUUUUUCUAAGGUAAAACGCAGGGUUUGAUAACACAAUUUUCAGUAGUGAUGUUCUUGGUCAAAAUUGUAGACAGCAAGAAGUAAUCGAUUGACAGGGUCUUAAUGGGGUGGUACUUUUGAAGGUUGACGGUAAAUUUUUUCCACUUUUGAAGGUUGACGGUUAAAUUUUACAGCUUUUGAUGGUUGACGGUUAUUAAGUGGAAAUUUAGUCCAAACGUCAAGGAAAGGAAAUGUUAACUUGUCUAUGAAUAUAUACUAACUGGUAAAAUUUCGAAAUAUUUUCAGAUAUAAGCAAGUUGUAAGGUCUUGUAAUAUCUAGAAAAAGUGGUUUUCAAAACAUGGGUACUUGCGUGUUUUUCCAGUUUAGAGGUUCAUAUUUUUCCGAAGCCAGCUAGAAUCUCGUGAAGAUCAGCUGAAAUAGUGAGAUUUGAAGUACCUUGAAACUUUUUAACGGUUAAUAUUAAUCUGCACUUUUGACGGCUGAAGGUAAAAAUCCUUUUAUUACGGUUAACCCAAUUGACCUCUCGAUUAACUGAUUCAUUGAAAAAUCGAGUUGUGCAGAAAAAAUUACAGUAGCAUUAGUAACGAUUUACGUUACAAAUUUAGUUACCAUAGCUUCAAGAAAACAAGUAUUUGUUUGAGUUAGUCAAAAUAUCUUGCCCAUCAUGAUCACAGCCGACAACAAAGAAUUUUCCCGAUUGGCGGGCAAUUACGACCGGUAAAGAUCAACUGUAGAAAAAUAAAUCUUACAAAACACACUACUAUUUAAGCUCAAUAGGGAAGUUAACAAACAUCUGUCCAGUGAAGUAUGAUAACUGGUUGGAUUUUCUAAAGCUUUGGGACAGCUGCAGGAAGGCAAAAUAAUAAUAAGUUCUUAUUUCGCACGCAAGAUUUUAGAAUAAGGAAUAAUUUUCAGACUGAAGUCCAAAGAAACACACCGACUUGAUUCCUACUUUAAAUAAUAUGUAGGUGUGGUAUUGAAUGCAUUCGUGCAGUUUUUUUCAGUGUUUAGUUUUACCUUUUAAGAAACUUGUGAUUUGCAUUUUAAUUAGUGGUCUUUAAAGAAAGCGCAAGUUUCUAUUUAUUUCAUUUUCUCAGUGAUGAAGCUUGAUUUCUGAGCUGAAACUUGACAACCUUGUUUAUUGUCAGUGAAAGGUGGCAUUUUCGCUUUGCAGAGAAUCAAGCGAUCGCAAAGGUAUUUUUAUGGGAAAAAUUCGCCUUGUAGACUUGAGCACCUUUCAUAGGUUUUCCUCAAGAUGAAAUGCAAACAGUUUUAGCUUGUGACUAAAAAGUAUGCCUUAUUUAUUUUGUAAUUGUGUUCAACAGUUGGGGAGUAAUGUGAUGGUUACUAUAUUUUCUCAUAUAGCUGUUCUUGACCAUGAGUGCCAAACUUGGAAAAUAUUUCAUAGCGAAAUUAUGUAUCUUUACCUCAUUCGCAUCGAUUGCAAAUGGAAGCAUCACCAUUAGCCCCAGUACCACCAGCGGCAGCAGCAGUUUAGGUAGGUAAUAAUAGUUCAGUCAAAUUUUUAGUUAUAGGAGGGUACAGUGGCCUAUAUCUAGUGAUGGACGCCACACACUUGUGAUCCAGUGGCCCGAAUUCGAGUUCAGCACUGACCUAGAUUUGAAUUUAAAAUUAAAUUUGGAACUCUUCUGUUAAUUUCCUCGGGCCAUUCUUGCAAAUAACUAGGCCAUGCUUGCCUUUUUGAAAAUUGCUGUGUUAUACCCAAAGCCUCCAUAACUACAUAUAUUUUUGCAACCAUAUCACCGAGACAAUUAGAGCGACACAAACAAUAGCUUUAAUGACUGAAAACAAUGUCAGCUUAAACGCACUUUUUCAGUUUUCAUUUUGAUACAUUUCUCUGUGGCUUUCUUCAAAACGACAAUUCCAUGAUGAAAUCAACAUUUUCUCGGGGAAAGUGACGAAACGUUUUCGUUGUAUCCGCAAGUCACUACACAACAUCUUUAUGAUGAUAAGGCAUCGUGAACAAAUUCCACAAUCUGAAACUCUCGUUCGCAGUUGACUCAUCCCAUUUAUUCCACACACACACACACACACAUAUUCCCUUAAAGGGAAUCCAAGACAGUCUUGGAUUCUGGAUUCCACCCCUCGAAUUCUGGAUCCCAGGUACUGAAUUCCGGAUUCCUUGAGCUGUAUCCCGGAUUCCAAAGUCCCUGAUUCUGGAUCCCACAAACAAAAAUUUUCCGGAUUCUGGAAUCGAGAUUCCCUUAUAUGGCCGGGGAGGGAGACGCCCCAGGUAAUUGUAGCGUUUAGUGCUGACCGCGUGCGGAAAUGAAUGCAAGUGAUAUGAUAGACUCCUACGGAAUUUUCAUGUAUAUGUUGUAGUUAUAUUUUCAUCUCAGGUGUUUUUUGUUUUUCUUUUGUUUUUGGGUAUGGUAAUGUAUGCGAAUGAAGUUGAAACAAAGGAAAAAUAAAAAUUACCUGGGUUAAAAAAAUAACUACAGCGUAUACAUAUACCGUGUGUUAAAUUUAUUCUCUUAGUUUUUUUCGGUUUAGAGUAAGUAUGUACGUAACGAACGUGAAUAAACGGUGUUUAACUUAAAAGUAGUGUAUAACAGUAAUGCUAUGGGAAUCUGAGUCUCCAUGGUUGGCAUUGAUAGGCGGAGUGUCGAGAUGAAAAUUGCGAUAAAUUUUAGGUUUGCUUUCAUUUCAGUGUUAAUACUGGUGUAAUUCAGAAGUGUUGCCAGUAAUAAUGCAGCUGUAUCUACUAGUUACGGACGUCACAGACGUAUUAGAUGCUGAAUUCGGUCAAAAAUAUAUUUUACAUGACGAAAAGAGACAGGAUCCUACAGAGGUGUAAGAUUUAACUGAUCGAUUUCCUUGCUUUUUAUUCAGAUGACACCACCAAAUAGGUAACUACACUAAGCAAUAAAUCUAGCAAGGAGCAUAACAACGUAGGCAGUCUGAGAUAAAUUACAGGGGACAGGCUAUAUUCCUUGCAUGAUCCAAUACUGAUACAUUUACUGCUAGUGUUGAAUUGGAUCCACUGGCCUCAAAAUUUUAAGUAAUUACCAUUAAAACCAUUUUACGUGGUCAUCCGAGCCACGCGAAGGUCCAGCCGCCCGCAGGGCAAAGGAAGUACCUUCAUUUCUCAGUUAUUUUAAGACCCUAAGUAUUGGUCCGGCCCCGGGAAUCGAACCCGUGACCUUUUGCAGUUACCAUUAAAACGUACCUGAUGCAAUGUCAGGAAGAUAUCUCUUACACAGUCCAUCAAAGUGCUCAAACGAAAAAUAGCGUCUAGCUAAUUAUGAUGGAUAAAGUUGAACUAGCAUGUUAAAUCCAUUUAAGGAAAUCAUGCGCGCUGACCACUUGGCCAUCGAGCUUCAUUAAGAGAUACGUGAGCUAUCUUAUUCUCUUUUCUCUACUUUGACAGAAAUACCUUCUUAUAAACGUUUAUCGUAAACAUUUAUGUUAUAACCGUCCGAUUGUCUACAUUAUUAAUGUUGUCAUCACGAAUUGUCUAAGAGUUUCGUGUAUCUUUGAUCCUUAGCCAGCGUUAAUACCUCAGUUUCAUCCAUCAUGGAAUCCGUCAGCACAAUAAGCAGCUUGCAGGCUACACCAGCUAUGACCUCCAGCAGCUCAAACACAGUCUCCACCUCGCCGCUGUCCAGUUGCUCUUAUUGGUGCAGGUGCAGUUCUGUCACUGGUGAGUAAGUGACAUGUGUUUGUCGUUCACUUAAUAGAGAAGCUUAGAUCCGACGAUAGAAUAGAUUAGAUAAGCGAAACAACAACUCUGCACGUGAAUCACAUUUUAUUUUUUUUACAUUUCUUUGCGUCACUGCACGACUACGACGCGAAAAUGCCUUAUUUCACGUUUUAUGGAGGGCGUAAACAAGCGACGAUAUUUACAAAGAUUGAAAAAACGCGAAGUCAUUUUUAUAAUGACGCUUUCGUUGUCGUUGCCGUCGCCGUCGUCCCAUCGUCCCCACUAAAACGGGGAAUGAGAAGCGGGGAAAGAACAUGGGGAACGGGAAAAUGAAAAGUGGGAACAAAACAGACAAUUGGAAAUUAAGUUAAUGACAGGGUUAGGGUUCAAGUUAGGUUUUGUUCCUAUUUUUCAUUUUCCCGUUCCUCGUGUUUGUUCCCCGCUCCAAGAUCCCAGUCUUAGUAAUAUGCGCCGUCACUGCAUGCUUAGACAUAAAAGUGCCUGAUUUCACUUUUCAUGGAAUGGUUCCCAGGAAUUCAACUCCAGUAGAGUUCGCCCACAUUAAAUGACAAAGUAAGUGAAUUGGAAUAAUCGCGGUGAAGAUUGAAAAAAUGCGAAGUUUUCACCGCUGAAGCUGUCUCCGGAUCUUAAAGUCCCUAAUGUGAACUUAAGACGUUGUUCUUGACUCUUGAACGAUAGCCAAGACUGAACGGACAAAAAUGUAGAACUUUCAGCGAACUUGCUUGUGUCUCCAUGUUUUCGAAUGUUCUAAAAGUUAACUCAUUUUUCUUCAAGCCUUUCCUUAAUCAGUUAAGAAUGUUGUUUUUCCGGCACAGGCUGAAUAUUUUUACUUUUCCGCCGAUUUUAGGCUGAAAAUAUUCUUCCAUUAUUCUUAAUUAAAUUAUAUUUAAAAAGUUAAAAACAAAAAAUUCAGAUUUUCAACACACCAAAUUAUAUCCUUUUCAAAAUCUCAGCCACGGUUUAUUCUGAAAAUAUUCUUAAAAUGUCGCAAAUUUCAGCCUCAAUGGUCUUAAUAUAAUUUUAUAAAAAUGAAAGAGUGUAUUCUUGUCGGUGUCAAAUGUUUAUUUCGUUUAGAAUGAGAAUCAUUCAAUUGCCUUUUUUUAAAGUUGUGUUUUCCCUUUGCGCAGUGCCUUCAUUAUCGUCGAGUGUCAGGGUGGCUGAGGCAUCAGAUACGUCAUCAGUUCAUUCUACUACGUUAUCCGCUUUCACCACCACCUUUUCGUUUCCUACUUCGUCUUCCACUAGCAGGUCAUCUGUUAUGAGCCACAGCUCUGCAACUUUCGAUAUGACGCCAUCGACACUUACAAUGUCAUUUAGCGGCAGCGUUAGUUGGAGUUACUCGAGUUCUUCUUUGGUUUUUUGCCCCAGUGCAUGUUUGUGGGAGAACAGGUGUUACCAAAGUAAGUCAUAUAACUAUAAUUGAUAGAGACUUUUAAAAGUGCGAAUCACCGUAGUCACGUAGUCAAAUGGCUGCUUCUGCACUAUUGACAGAUGUACAAAUGCACAAAUGUACAAUAAAGGGCCUCUAAAACUUGAGCACGGUUGACCGGGCUGGCCCGGUUUCUGAGAUCUCGCUUACUCAUAAAUCCUUUGUAAAAUUUUCGAUCUGUUCAUAUGAGAGGGCGGGCUGGUUCGUUCUUCGAUAUCUCUGUUUUUCCAACCAGGAUCUCGGUAAGCGGACUGGAGAAUUUUGCCAUAUUAACACUUCAUACCAGUUACCGAGAUGAAAGCGGGAUGAAUUCGGUGACCGGGAUGGCAUCGUCUUGCUUUGCCUGCUGUAUUUUCCACAUCAUAAGUAUCAAAUUUAAUUACAGUGAUACAGCUAUAAGCGUUGCCAAAGCUAUGGUUGGCGCGAAAGUUAUAUCUUUCUGUUUCGCCAUGGUUUGGUUCUCGAAAUUUGCGCCAGAAACUCUUCGAGGCCUUUUAUCAUCUCGGAAACGGGGCUGAAAUUACUUAUAUGAACCCAAGACGAAAUUAGUCCCGGUAACCGGGCCAUGUGAAGAGGUCCCAAACUGCAUAGAACCCGCACAAGCUUGAAUUUUUUCAAGCUUCUUUUCGCACCUGUAGAAGUUGCUUUUAUGACUGCUAUGAACGUCCUUAACAAUUAAAUCUUCAUCCUGCAGUUCUCUUAUGGUUUUCAUAUAUUCAUUUAUUUCACUCCUUUUAAAACGAGACAACAAAAUCACCAGCUCCCAGUUGACUUAUUAGCUAAAUUGUUAGAGCAGUGCACCGCUUUCACGGAGGUUAAGAGUUCAAAUCCCGUACAAGGCUGGAUUUCUUAAGGCUUUCUCUUCGCAACUGUAAAAGUUACGUUUAUAACUGUCAAGAUCAUCCUUAUAUUUAAUUAGUAUAAACUCUGUUUUUCAUUUAGAUUUUACCCAAAGUACACAGACCGGGUCAUCAUCAUCAUCAUCAUCAUCAUCAUCAUCAUCAUCACCGCCGUCGUCGUCGUCGCUAUCAGCAGUAGCGACUUUGAUAAACUCAAAUCUCGUUUCAGCUGAUAAUUUGCAAACAACACCAUCAUCUUUUUUUGCUACUCCCGUUAUAUCGACUACAUCCUCGACUUUUGCCGUUCCAACAACCCUGUGGACUUAUUCAUCGACCUUUACUCAGAGUGUGACAUUGACUCCGUCCGUAACAACAACUGCGUCAACGUAUUUAUCAACUCCGGCUUUGUCAGAAUCAUCAUCUACGUCUUCCGUUACAACAACUGUGUCACCAUCUUUGUCGGCUGCUAUCCUAACUGUGUUUACAACGCAAUCUGCAUCAAUAACAACAACUACGGCGACCUCUUCAUCCGUCUCUUCUCCAACUGUGUCAUCAUCGUCACCGACUUCUUUUCCAACAAUUGCGGCAGUAUCUUCACUGUCCUCAAGUCAACCCGCGUCAACUUCAUCAUCAACAUAUUCCGUUCACACAACAUUAUCAGCAUCGACCUCUACUCCGACGUCAUCAUCGUCACCUAUUCUCCCACCUGCCGAGUCGACAUUUUCAUUGACCUCUUCUCCAACUCUAGAGUCGACUCCUUCCAUUACAUUAACUACGUCAACACCUUUAUCAACCAGGGCAACUUUGUCAGCUUCAUUGUCAACGUCUUCCGUUUCAACAACUGUGUCAACAUCACUGUGGACCUUUCCCCUGACUGUCACUCCUUCUAUGACCACAAGUGUGUCGACAUUUUCAUCUACCUCCUUUCCAACUAUGUCUUUAUUGAUCUCAGGUCGAUCCGCGUCAUCAUCUUUGUCGACUAGUUCUGCCCCAGCUGUUUUGACGCCACCACCUCUUUCUCAGACAAAAUCUACGUCGAUGUCCUCUUCCUCCACUCCAAGUGUCUCCUCACCGGCGUCGACUUUUUCCCCUACAAUUUUAUCAAAGUCUUUAUUGAUCUCGAUUCUAACCUCGUCAACAUCAUCAUCAGCUAAUUCUGCUGCAACAACUUUGUCAUCAUCUUCACAGACAUUUACUCCUACUGUGGCCACGUUAUUAUCAUCUUUGUCGACUAGUUCUGCCUCAGCUGUUUCGACGCCACCACCUCUUUCUCUGACAAAAUCUACGUCGAUGUCCUCUUCCUCCACUCCAAGUGUCUCUUCACCGGCGUCGACUUUUUCCCCUACAAUUUUAUCAACGUCUUUAUUGAUCUCGAUUCUAAUCUCGUCAACAUCAUCAUCAGCUAAUUCUGCUGCAACAACUUUGUCAUCAUCUUCACAGACGUCUACUCCUACUGUGGCC